AUGAUCCUCAAGUUGGAGCUAUCCUCGACCCUCGCCAUCCUGGCCCUUGUCACUCAUUAUUUGGCAAAUGCUCAUAAUGAACCAGAAACAGAAGACGAAAUCAGGAAUUAUCUCGACUCACAACGUUCAAUCUAUCACUGCUACCCCGAAAUCUUGAGUCAAGUAGAACAACGCAAAUCAGCGUUUCUCAAAGCUUCGUCGACCGCCCAAUUUGUGGAUCAAACGGCCUCUUCAAAACUCGACACGCUCGAAUUUGGCUCUUCCGCACCGGAGCUUCCACCCGAUCAUCAGUUUCCUGAUUCUCCUUCAAACCUCAUCUGCACCCAGAACCCUAGCCGGCUGUCGGCUAAAAUCAACAAAAUUCGUAACUCAACUUGUGUACUGUCUCCGAUCGUUCGUGCUGGGCCUUAUUAUCACCUAGAGGGACAUCCAAUCAGACAGGACUUGGCUGAAUGGCAAGAGGGAUUACCACUUUCUUUAGACAUUGGGGUGAUCGAUGUCACGACGUGUCAACCGGUUCAAGGAGUACUUGUAGAUAUUUGGCAUGCAAAUGCCACCGGAUUCUAUGCUGGCCAUCCAAGUCCGCCAGAGGGUUUCGAAAAAGAGAAGCCUCAAGUUGGUGGUGCAAGGGCUGGACUGUUGCCUGCUUAUCCCCGGAAGCUCUUUCAUGAGCAAUGGCUUCGGGGGGCUUGGCCUACGGAUAAGAAAGGCGUGGUCCGCUUCAAUACCAUCUUCCCGGGCUAUUAUACUGGUCGCGCAACACAUAUUCAUGCAGAGGUUCACAUGGACUGGGAGGUAACUUCGAAUGGAACCUUCAGAUCUGAAGAUGUACAAUACAUUGGACAGUUCUUUUUUGACGAUGAGAUCAACAUGAGUGUAGAUAAGAUGUGGCCGUAUACCCAAAACCCAGUCGAACAUAGAACCCGGAACUGGAGAGAUUCCCUGAAAGUCUUCCAAGAGUCAAGCGCCAACGGAUUUCAACCGACUAUGGAUGUCGUGAAGGUCGGCUCCGUUAUCAACCAAGGGCUCGUUGGUUUUAUGACGAUUGGUAUCGAUUUGUCCCACCGUUUUGAGCAUCAUUAUAAUCCCAUGAAGUCGGAUUGGGAUUUUUAG